AUGUCGGAAGAGAGGUCCGCGCGAGCUAUUUCGAGUAUGGGCGACGGUGGAGUUGUCAAGAACAUGAAGAGGCAAAUCUCCAUCUUCGCUGCGAGAGUUUGUCCGAGGAACGGGGGGCUCGGAGGGAGGUUGAAUACUCGACCAGAUAGGGAGAGGGAGGAGGAGGGUCAUAGCAACGAUAAUCCGUGUGAUUAUCGAGCUUCAGAAAGCCAACUCUCGAAAGAAAAAGCCAUUUCCCGAGGAGAAAUAGAGUGGUUAGGUGAGAUGCGAGGAACUUGCUUGAAACUUCGCUCGAGCUUCUUGCGGCUUGCUGGGGCAUUUAGGACAACUCGUUUGCGAGCACAACCCACAACGGUAGCUCGGGACGGCGAGAGGGAGGCUGUCAGUCACCUGAGCUACGGAUUUGUCGGUUGGGAGAUUCUUGAAAUUGAGAAAAAAAGGCCCUCGGGUCCCGACCCACAAAUGAAUAGGAAGCGGGGCGAGGGUCUUUCAUUAAAGGGGGAAAAGAAGGGUCCGGAGCCGGCCGGUAAUGGAUCUACUUACCUUGCUUAUGGACCAGCUGCAGAGCUAACCCUUGUUCUAUUGUUCUUUCUCACAUCUGAACUCAAUGCCGAGCCACCUGUGACUCACUCCACUACAUCUAGUUGUCCCUACUCAAAUGCUUCAUUGCUGCCUUCCACUACAGCAGUGGACACAUCACCUGCUCUUGAUCCAAGUCGUAGUUCUCCUGAGGCACCACCUCCUUCUUCUUCUAUGUUCCGCAUGCAGUCGAUAUCUCCAACUCCACUCCUACUUAUACCAAAGCUGCCAUUCACAUUAUGGAGGAAGCGGCUUGAUGCCAAAAUUCCCGGGAAUAUGCUGUUGCCAGCGUCCUCAUCAUCGACCUUUGGUGGGCUCUCCCCGAUUGAGGAACUUUCAACUGGGGACUCCGAUGAGAGGAUGCUCGCGGAGAAUGCUCCCGCGCCCUUACUACGCUCUUGCACUAUUAGCCCAUAUAAGUGCUUUAAACAAAUAAGGGCGCUCUUCCCCGAGUUUGAGGGGAGGCAGAUAAAUGUCAAAGUACACAAAGGAUGGGGAAGAAUCUGCCGAUAUAUACCUAAAAUGGAAAAAAAGAAAGUGGUAUGGGGCGAAUACAGCCUUAAGCAGAUAUUGGAAAUUGGAGAUGCAAGUGCGAAAGACCAAGCUAUUCCAUACAAGCCAGAAAAGACAGGAGGAGCCGUUGUUAUAGAGAAAGUCAUGAAGUACGACGAAUGGUAUGAUGCCCUCGAAGAUCCCGCCCUGAAGGAUACUCUUAUUAGAUCGUAUUCAAAUCUGAGGGGACUAUUUGAAGAUCUCAAGGUUGCAAAAGAUAGGCAAUCGAACAAAGAGUCUAUUGAAGGGCCUGAGCACAAGCCAGUCCAUCGAGACAGCCAAAGCUUGAUCAGAGUAAAAAGCUCGGGUCCACCCGAUCAUGAGAAUGUAAAGCCACUUCACUCUAUUUAUGACUGGGGAGACGGGAGGACAAGGACCGAGCCUCUCAUUGGAAUCCGAGGGGAUGAAAAGCUAGGUCUUAUUCAACUCAUACACCUUUGA